CUUCUUCACCGCAAAAUGGAACUGGUCCAGAUGGGAAAAUCUAGACCGCUUUCAAUAUCGAUUUCAGCCAAUCAACUUCGUGAAUUCGGUACAGUUCCCAGUCCUCAGUUGUGAAACACAGCCAUGUAAGGCUUAGCUUCGCACUUUCACUUUUCUUCUCUUUGAUCAUCUUUGGUCACCUGUUGUGGUGUUUUAUUUCAAUUUUCAUGAAUCUCCAGUUGCGUUGGUGUUUGUGUAAGUUCAAACCGGAAAUUGUAUCACAUUCACAAACAAUCAUCAGCUCAGUGAUUACCGUAAUAAGAAGGUUAACUUUUAUAUGAAUUUGCUCUCUGGGGGCGAGAUUUUGUGUCCGUUGACCGUAUAAGAGAGGGUCCGUAUGAGAUUUCUUUUGACGAAAAUAUAUGAGAAUUUUGUCGGGGCAUAGGAAACUGUCCAUAAUAGAGAGGUAUGGUAGUCCCCCCCGGGAAGGAAGGUUGGACUGUCAUAUUGUAAGUAGUGUAAGGUUAGUACAGCUUAAUUCAAUAAUAUAACGGUCACCCUGUAUAUAAAUGUCACCUGGACAUUUCCCAUUCCCAAGGGCGACCGAUUUAUUGUCGGGUGAAUGCUUGUACAUGUCAUCAAAAUAGGAAAAGCCUGACAAUAAUUAACUUGAACAGCACCAUGUCAUUUCCUGUCUUGAAAGGUUCCAGUAUUUUAUAUAAUUUUAGGAUCCUCAAGUUCUACGUGGCUCUCGGUUGCUGAGGUAUUCUGAUUCUGGUGACAAUUGAACUACUGUUCAAACCCUUACCGCCCGAGUCUUUGGAGGGUUUGAUCAUAAGGGACGUGAUGUUCGCCGAGAUUUUAUGCCGAGAGUGGAAUUCCAUUCGUGUGAGAUUUUGGAGUAUAGGUUACAAAAAGCGGCUUUUUCUGUCGAUCCUUGUGCUAUUGGUGCUCGGGUGCUUGGCUGUUUGGACUUCUUUCUUUGCGGACUUAUCGGAUCUGAACAUAACACAAGAGAGGCAAGAUGGCAUAAACGAUAGCUCACAAUGGGAUCAAUGGGUUAAAGAAAAUGGCUUGAAGGCUGUUGGAGACAUCUGGGACAGUUGCGACCACAAUGAUUCACGGAAAAAGAUAGGAAAAGUGAUCAUCCAUUACGAUGCGGAACAGAAACGAGUUAUUGGAACAGCAGUUGCAAAUUUUACAGCAAAAGCGACCCUAAAUGGUGGUAUAGUGCAUGUAGUAGCACAGUUCCAUGGCCGAACCCUGCAUGAUGUUAAACACAAUGUCUGCAAAGUGGAUGCAAAAAGCUUUGGCUGUCCAAUGCAUAAAGGUCAAAAACUUCAUGUUUAUGAGUCCUUCAAACUACCAAAAUACAUUCCAAAGGGCCAUUAUUUUGCCACUGCAAAGCUGAUAAAUGAGGAUAAUGUCUGCCUGGGUAUGACAGAGUCCAAUCUCAUAAUAUGAUAAUUUACAAGAAGUUGACAACUAGAAUUUAAAUCAAUUCAAUCCACGACUUAAGUGGCAAUUACAACUGUCCCAAGAUGCAUCCCAUGGAAUGUGCAACUGUUUCCCAUGACUUGGUUAUGUGUAAUAUAACAUAAACUUUUUUAACAUUUCUAUUGUCAUGGAACACAAGAAGAAUUUUGGAGAAAAAGAAACUUUUGUUUCAAAGCUACCAAAUCUAUCCUUUUUGUUUCUAUGCAAAAAAAUGUUACUUCUUUUCUGAUAUAAGUACUGAAAAAGAUUCCCAGUUUCAUGGUAAGGAUUUUUAAGCAAUCGAAAUGUGUCACACUUUGUACAUUCUAUAAAAUGACAACUUCUCACACAUCCAUCUCUUCUGCUCAGACCGGAUCUAAAUAAACUCUUAGGUAUCCUGAAAACAGGUACAGAGGGCAGAGAUGCAUUUUUUAUCCAAACCAUGCCAAAAACCCUGUGUAGCGUAAAAGGCGUAAAAUACCGUCCCAAUAUUUGACAACUGUUCGUCAAACUGAAGAUGGAUAGCAGAACUACAUUUUGCCAUGAAACUGUCUGGUUAAUACAUAGCCGUAGUCUGCUGUUUAUUACUUGAUGUGGAGUUGGAGUUGUUCUUGUAUUUCCAUAACAAGAACAAUCUUUUUAUUGCAAUUAACCAGGUUAAAAACGAUGUUCCUCAAUACUAUCAAUGACAAGUUUAUUUACAUAUAAAUAAUUUUGCCACAAUUUAUAAAUCAUCAAAAAAAGUGGAGAAUAUGCCAAUCAGAACAUGUGAAAAUUAAACAUUCAGUCACUAGGUAUACUACUUAUUAGAAUAUUAGGAUUUCAUUUUAGUCACUUCUUUUCUAGGUCUGCACGUUGCUCACUAGUAUGUAUUAAAAUCUUCAUCUUUAGAAUUCAUAAUUAGGUAAAUGGCUACCUACCGGUAGUUUUAAUUUAUUAAGAUCAACUUCAAAUUAAAGUUUAUGCAGCCAUCAAUGCAAACAGCAGAUACCAUUCAUACUGUAACCACAAUAAAAUUCUCUUUUCUUAUUGGUUCUCAGCAUGAUAAAAAAGAUAGAAAAAUUAUGUCCCUGACUUUGAUUUCAUCAUGGUCUACUGGCAAGAGUUGCGCACAGACAAACAACAUUUAUUAAAUUUCUGGUUCAAAAACAAUGCAUCAAUAUAUUUAUUACCAAGAGUUGCUUAAUUGCUGUUGAGUUUACAAUGGGUGGGCUUUGUAGAGAAAAAAUAAAGACAGAUUAAAGCAGGAUAAAGUGUAAGAGUUGUCAAUUGAAUUUGCAAAAUGUCUUUAUAUUUCAAUAGUAAAGUUAACAGAUCAAGGCCUUACUUUGGUACACCUUCUAUAACAAAACACCUCCCACUUGAUCUCAACACUCAAACGUUGACCCAGCCACAAAGUUAGAACCUCUCUAGAGCAAAGAGGUACCUCUCUUGACAGAACUGGUGGACAUUGCCCCUUUAACAACUGUUUAACUGGAUCCGAAAUACGUUGAGAGUCAAUGUCUUGUUCUGGACUGUACCCAACACAUAAAUAUUUUUCUCUUAAUUUGAACACAAUAAACACAGCAAAAUGCUUUCUAAAAAUACUUUGAUUUAUUUUCAAAAUUUUAUGAAUAUGGCUACAGGUGUGCUAAAGUCAGAUUAUAACCAAGGAAAACAAGUUGUAGACAGGUCCGUUUCCUAUAAGGGCUGUGCAAUACAUUAUUUAUUCACUGAAUGUGAUGGCCAGAGAUGAAAAUGUUUGGCCCACAUCCAAUUCGUCCAGACUUGGACACACGCUGUGAUAAGAUAUCAUAAACUUAAGUCUUCAUAGAUAUGCCAGAUUUUAUAAACUAACUUUGCUAACCAAUGCCUGAUAUAAAUUUAAAUUUCACCAUAAUGAUUGAUAAUAUAUUGUUACAAUGAACAAAGGUACAUUUACCUUGAAAUUAAGAUGCAAUCAAUAUAAUGCCUGAAAACACCUGAAAGGAAAGCUUGAAGCAUUACGCUUUCCUCGAUCAUAUUUUAUUAAUUACAGCAUAGUAAAAGCGUCAAGUCACAAAAUCACUAACUACAUGUUUUGCUAUUUUUCCUUGCUUUUCACUGUAGCUUAGUUCAAACCUAAUACACUCAAAUAAUAUAAUUAUUAUCAUUGGUUUGCUAAACUAUACAUUUGUAAAGGCAUGGGAUGUAACUAAUUUCCUUUUGCAAGCACAUUUACUAUAACCCAUAAACAUCUACAAAUAAUAUUGUUGAUAUACUUUCACUCCAAAAAGCUCAAACAAAGAAGUAACAACCCUUAAUCUAUGGUACCAACAGCAAUUACAUACCAAAUAAAAAAGGUCAUCCUCCUAAUAUGACACAAAAAUCAGAAUGUAAGAAACAUCACCUCCCCAGUCUAAAAUCCUAGACCUUUUU